GCGAGAAGUAAACCUUAACCUUGAUGAUCAACAUCUACUUAUAUACCAUCAGAGCCAGCACAAGAUCGCUUUCUUUCUCAUCUGAAGCGAAAGUAAACCAAGACCUGUUCUUUUACGCAUAAUUACAAAAGCACGAAUAAUGUUGAACUACGUACUCUAAUUCCUGUUACGAAAGUUCCUGCAGUUCCGCUUCUGUAAUUUGCCGAAUUGAAGUACGCGCUUACAUAGAGACUGAAUGAGGUUACGUGACAACUAGUACACAACAACGCACCCGGAAGAUCAUGUAUUGUGAGUUUUGCGCUCCCGCUCCCUCAACAUGUUUUUCUCGACAAAAAACAUGAUCAUGAAACAAGUGCAAUAGCGACAUAAUCCUCGUUUUUUGUCCCCUUGUAAGACCUUAUUGUUUCUUUGUUGGAAAACGACAAAACCAGUCUAGAACACUUACAAUCCAACUUCAGGCGGAUCUUUGGAGCACUUCGUUUUGGUUCUUUUUUUCUACCCUUAUUUACAUCUGACUGCUGAUCACGACUUAUUUAUAAGUAUUUUGAUACCUAAUAACAAACUACGCUUCACUUCUGACGCCCUUGCUUACAUUUCGCCAAAUUUGCACGAUCUUCGAUCAAAGCAACUCUGGUUUUUUGUAAAGGCACAAGAACUGUUGAUCAUCGGAAAAAGUGAAAGCACCAGAUAAGUAGCUAACCUGUAGUGUAUAUCGACCUUGUAAAAACAAAGUACUUCUAGUAGUUCCCUUAUCCACUCCAACCUCGGACAUAAAAAGCAACCCGUCGUACCUACCUUCUUCACUAAAACAAUUGAUAGAGGAAAGAAAAGGCACCAGGGAAACAAAUACAUAGUGAAAAAGGCAACAAGAACAACGGCGACCACGUCGUGAAUGAACUAUAGCAUCUACUAGCACGUUCUUGAAACCUCCUUCUCGUUCUGCGUGACAUCGAGACUCAAGACCUGUGUGUGAAGACACCCUGAAAACUAAGUACGGAGAAACAGCACUGGAAGCGUGUUGGAGAGCAUUUAUUUUUGGGGCAACUUCUUAAUCGGAGGCGGCAGCUGCAGGAGACCUAGAAUUCAGCAGCACUGACGUCGAUUUUCCUUGCCCUACGACAAGAACCCGGCUAAUAGUCCUCUCCGCCGGUAGCUGACGAGAAGAAUCAACACGAAAAGACGCGAUUUGGUUGUACGCAGGAGCGUUAAGAAUAUCUCCCCCAAGAAAGUGAAGGUGAAACAAAAAGUUAACUUUUUUGCACGAAAGAAGAAAGAAGAUUGUUAUACCCAGCAUCCUGCUCCCAGAAGACCUGGCCUAUUGCAGAAGAUCAUAGUGAACGAUACCGCCGGUGGUCUGCACAUCGACAAAAAGGAGCAGCCCCAGAAGAUAGAGCCCAGUUCCAGAAGAUCCGUUUUGCGAUCCCGUGUACGAAGAGGAGCACGCGAAUAACCAGAAGUAGAAGACAAGAAACGUCAGAAGAAAAAAAUUCCAAGUGUCGGAGUCGCGGCGAACUGUUGAAGACUUUCAGGAACACUGGAAGAAAUGAUGCCCCAAGGAGGUGGUGAGCACGCCCAUUCAGGCGUCGACCUGCAACAGGAGCAGCUGCAGCAGCUGCGCAACCUAAGUCUUCAGCAGCAACAGCAACUGAACGCCUUCGCAAUGCAGAUGCAAGCGGGUACUGCUCCGCCUGCCCCUCCAGGGUACAAUCCGCAGAAUUUUCAGAUGCACCACCAGCCUGGAGCGGCAGGUGCGGCUCCUGCGUUCGCUCCGCCUCAUGGUCAACAACAAGCUCCGUUGAUGUACCAGCACCAUCCCGCGGGCCCCCAGUACCCGCCCGUUCCCGUGAUAGGAGGCGCUGCGGCCAUGCAGCAGCAGCAGCAGCAACUGGUCCAGCAGUAUCUGCUGCAGCAGCAAAUUCAGCAGAACUUGGAACUGCUUCAGCAGCAAAGCCAGCAGACUUUUCAUAGCCCCCCGCCGGCAGCAGCCGAGUCGGAUGAGGAUGCUGACGACCAUUACAAUGAGGCGUCGCAGUAUCAUCAGCAGUUCGCUAGCCCCAACGCAUCCCCUCGGCGAUCGCUUGCCUUCCGAGGUCACCACGACGACCAAGUUUAUAAUUUCCCGGGUGAUCAUUACCAGCAGCAAUUCGGUAAAAACAAGGGGGCGGCUCGAGGCGGGAAGAAGGGGAAGUACAAGGGCGGUAAUAAAGGUUACAAUCCUUUCGCAAACACGUAUGGGGAAGAUCAUUUUCAACAUGCGAUGGGUGAUCAGUCAUUGUCGUCCUCUCCCGUCCAGACUUUUGACAAAGCCGGUGGAAAGAUGAACAAAGGGGGCAAAGCAGGCGGAAAGAUGAAGGGCGGGGGGAAACAUCAGCACCAGCAGCCGUAUAAAGGGACGACGAGUGCAGCUUCUAGUCAUUAUGCGGGCGGAAAAACUUCUUACGGGAGCAAGAAGGGUGGAGGGUUCUUUCCGCAAGAACAACAUCAACAUCACUCCUCCCCGCCCCUCGGGCUCGGAGCGGGUGGGCGGAAUAAGGUGCAGACCGGCCACCCUCGCACAAUGCGCGAGCGGGAGGAGUUUGUCACGGACGCGAAAAACGUCACUAUGGCGCCCCAGUUCGAGCAGAACCGCUACCUGGUCUCGACCACCAAACUGCGGAAGGGUGCUGCGUCGGCCGGGAACGACGGUUCUGACGACGAGGACGAACAAAAAACAGGGGAAAAUCAUGAUGACGCGGCGGCCAAUGAGGUGUUCAAAGUCGAGCAGGAUGAUCCCUUCCUUUUGUUGGCGACGCAGUUUGUCCGGGAUCAGGGGGUGGCUUUCGACCCCAACAUCAAGCACGUGCUGCAUUUGGAGCAGCUGCAGCACAGCGACAACCGCAUGCCGCAACUUAGCCUCAUGCUGGACCAGUACUUAUCUAUGUUUUUCUGACUCACAGGACUGGUGGCACUUUCUUAUCUCAUAGAAAAAACAAAAUUAAUCAGAACAAGAAGAUCAUGACCGAGCUUCGUCAUUUUUGUCCGAGGUAGCGACCGGUUUUGCAUUUGAUGCGUAAGCGGCCAAGCGACGAAAAUUAUUGUACUCAUUCACAAAUUACACAGACUUAGCGGGAAUUUCUCGUACUCCGACGAAUUGUCGACCGCCGCAACUGGGAAAGACGUCGAGAAGAAAAAGCACCAGCAGGUGCAUUGGGUGUCCAAUUGGUGCGAGUCACCGGAGAAGGGUACAUCUAUCGAUUUUUGUCAUGCAUGCAUGCAUGCAUGCCGAAGAUGCCGAUAGUUCUAGUAGUACAGUUGAGCUUGAUUGAUGCGACCGAAAUCUUCGCAUCACAAAAUCACUUUUUUUUGCUAGCACGACGAGACUGAUAGAUCAUGCCGGGCGGAUACUAGAAGUAGGUCACGCGAAGAAAUGAAAGAUCACUGUGUACUAGUGUGCAGCGUCUUCGCGACGGUCAAUAGAAUAAUGCAUGAAAAUUGUACCACAUUGUGAAAUUGUAAUUGAUUCUAAUCUAGCCUGACCUUCUAUCUGAAACCACAGAGCUGCUGCGUGAAGAGCCAGGGAACUACAGUCCGUUGACGGAGGCCCAGGAGACGCCGGAGUCGCGCACGCAUUUUGCCCGCAAGGCCUUUUAUGCAAGAAAAAAACUGUGUAAGUGUAAGUCUGUGAUGCAAAGCGUGCAACACUGUUACAUUUGUCAUGCUAGCCAACCAUGAAGUCCUAUUUCAUUGUUGUUUUCACUUACUAGCUGCGCAUGACAGGCUUUUUCUAUCAUGCAGAACACCUUUGUCAUGCUGUCACCUCAAGACACCUACACUAACACACUUUUUUUCCUGGAUACCUUUGCGCGGAUCCGUAAUGACCUGUUCAAUUCCGCGCCGGCGCUGAUGGUGAAGAACCUGCCGCACCGGUUGGACGUAUCCUGAGUAAAAACGUACCCACACCAGAGUUGUAAUGCAAAUCUGCAUGCUGAAAAUGUUUCUCAUGCGGAGCUCCAUGAGAAGCAUUUUCUAGUCGUGUUUUGCAAUUUGUCAUGCUCCAAUCAGCAUAUUAUGCUAGAUCUGUGAUGCUGCUGAGCUAGCUCAAACAGCACUAUACUACGAAUCCAAAUCUGUCAUGCAAAACAGCCAAAACUUGUGGAUUUGUCUAGCCGAUUCCCCAUCUUGACUCUGGUGUGGGUACGUUUUUACUCAGGAUAGGACGACCGGAUGAUUCACACGAUUCUGCGACCGCUGCACGACCAGGUGCGCGCGGGCUGGGAGUUCAUCCAGCCGAAACAGACGGCCCGGAACAAGAACCCGCGCAACCCGAAAACGGCACGGUACGCCAUCAUCAUCUGCGAAUCGCCGGAGAUCCAGCGGAAAAUUCUCAGUACCUACCAGGCCCUGCCCUCGCGGGAGCGGUGCAUCCACCGCCGGUACCAGCUGCACUGCGGCUCACCACAGAUCCUCCGGGCGGUGUUAAAAGCCUACUUCUCGCAGUCCACCGCCCCGCGAGGGAUCAAGAUGGCCAAGGGGCAGCUGUUGGGGCUCAGCGAUAAGGAUCAUAACCACCUCGGGGGCGGGACCUCUGCGGAAAGCAGCGCCGCUACAACGCCGCGCUACAACAACUACGAAAAUUAUGAUAAUCACAUGAGCCACCCGGAGGACCCAAGCCUGGAGCAAAUUCUCGCCGGCCAAGAGGGAAUGGACCCGAAAAAUGUUGAACGAGAGCCGCUCUCAGAGGCAGUCCAGCUGCUUGCGCAGCAAUUGCGGGAGGCACGCAUCACGGGAACACUGUCGUACGACUUUGCUGCGGAGGAGAUGCGGCUGACGGUGUCGCCUGAGGGCGACGGCCAUGACGAAUUCCAAUUCCAUAAAUGGGGCGUGCGGGAGGUGUCGUACGAAACCAACUCCGUCUUGUUUUCGCACUCUAUGACGUACUCCGUCGUCGAGAAAACCCCGCCCAAAUCCGCCCCACAAGGGUUGUACAACAACCACGGUGGAGAACGAGAACAACAUCAGGGAGGUCACCAGCAACAUCUUCACGGUUCUCCAUCUGCAGGGUUCAAUCAGUCAUACCAAAGUGCCGCUUCACCUGCUCCGUUCUAUAAGGGCGCCGGGAAGGGGCGGAUUCUGCACGAGGUGGAAGAAACAGACGAGGAAAAUGCUUCCGACGAAGAGGUGGUGGAGAGUCCGCAGGUAUAAUAGAAGGAUAUAACGGAUAGUAUUGGUAAGGUUUGCAGGGACGAUUAUGUCCGUUUUAGUCCAUUAUAGUAUGGUGUCACUGUCAUUGUUGUUCUGGAGUUCUUUUUUGUGAUGUGGUAUCAGGGCACUUCUAGGUCUGACAGAUGUCGCGACGAGUGUACGAUUUAGCCUGAACACGAGUUUGGUGCGUAAGUUCAUGUCGGUACUAUAGUUAUUUCGUGGUUAAAAAGAGUUGUACAACAUCAAUAUGAAAAACUUCAACUUUUGACUUUCAGGUGGACCUGGCGUUUUCGCAGCUUUCUCCGCUCCCCCCUCCGCGACCACCCACGCUUGCAGAUCGUGUCUCGUUGGCUCGCGGAUCGCAGAUCGGUGGCGGGGAAGCACCCCGACCACAUGGUAAUUAUACCGCGGGCGGCGCGACCGCGACCGGCGCCUAUCCCGUGGUGCUGCCCACCCACCCGCUGCAAAACCUGAAUCCCUACAACCUGCCGCCGAUCCACACGACGCCGGAAUUCCUGCUUCCCGGCUCGGCGCUCUCUUCGGGGUCUGAGAUAUCGCCAAUGAGUGUCGCCGCACCGCUGCCGGGGGACGCAGCUGCGGUUGCUAACCUCCGGUUAGAGGAAGACCAAGACAUUUCCACUAGCACGACGAGCCACGGGCCGGUGAUCCAUGGGCUCCCGGAACGAACGCAGAGCACCGACGACCGGAAGCUGCGAACGACUUCGGCGCUGGCUUUGGCGCGGGACAAACAUUUGGCCGCGUUGAACCGCAGCCUGACCUUCCACGGUCCCAGCUCGUCGCUGGGCUCCACUUUGUUGCUGGGAAGUGGGUACGGGAAAGUCUUCGGGGACGAGCAGGAGGUGAGCAACGAUCCUAUUGCUGCCUCAACAGCAGCAGUGUAUGCAGAGCAGAGUUCAACCGCCGCCGGGCAGUACUUGCCGCGGUCCGUGUCCGCCGUACAUACCUUCGAGAGUCCUCAGCUUGGCGCCGGAAGUCGGCCGUCGGGCCUCGAGGCGGACUUUUCCUUCACGCCGGUCCGUUCCGAGAGCUACACCAGUUCCUGGCCGGACGGAGCGGAGGAAGCGCGGAACUUCGGACAGUACAAUCUGCCUCCGUAUAACAUGAUGCCCAAAACGUCAUCGAAAAACUCGCUGUCCCGGACCAACAGCCACAAGGCGGCCGCAAUCCAAGCAGAUAUGUUUCGCUCCUACACGCAUCACCACUACCCGGUGCAGGCGGCGCAUUCGCAGCUGCAGUACGACCCGGACCUCUUUUUGAACCGCACAAAGUCCUCGCAUCCACCCUCGAGCGCUGCAGGUUUUUGUUUUUUUUGAUGCAACAGCACAAAGUUUUUGCUUUUUCUAUACACAACUGCUGAUCGACACUUGGUCAUAUUACUUAGGGGUAAUCAAUGAAUGAACGAUUUCAACAUCCGAUUGAUGUAGCUUUCCGUCCGUAGAAUUUUCGGCAGCUCAAGGAUAGAGUAGCGAAUAGAUAACGGUAGAUUUGAAAAAUACACCACUAAGAAAGAAGUAUCAACGAUUUUUGGAAAAAAAAAAAUUCAGAGCGGUAUUAUAACCGACCGUCCACAUCUCACGUAUCUGGGUAUGAUUCGCGGUCGAUGCCGCGGCCGUCCCACCGUUCCGGUCGCAGCAGUGACGCGGACAUUUCCUGGCAUGGCCACAAGCUGCCGGAGCACGACUGGAGUGGUUUUGCAGCGGCAUAUCAUCCUUACAUGCCGUACGAGUACGACUACAAUUACUACAAAAUCAACGACUACUUGCACCAGCAAAGUCUUCCGGGAGGUACUAUUUCAACUACCCCGGGUCAACAACAUCUUGCGGAGAGCCCGCGAGUAAACCCCAGUAACGAGGACAGUCCGAUCGGUCGGUUCGUUCGGAACUACGAUGCCGAGAUGCAGCGAGCGAAAGACGUCGCAGCAGCUGCUGCUACGUCCACCACGAUUACCACAUCGCCCGCGCCCGUGACGAGUUCCGACGACAACGAACUGCCGCUGCCUCCGCAGCAGCAGGCAGUUGCAGCAUCCACCACUUCUACCAACCGCGGCGGGAUGAAGUUUCCGCCGGGGCUGAGUCCUGUGCAGGAGGGGCACAGCAGCACCGGCUCAUCGACCGAGGCGAGCCCCAUGGCCCACGCGGAGCUCGUAUCAGCCCCGGAAGCGGCGCUCUCGAAGCUUGCGGUAGGGUCUGCUGUAUCGAGAGUAAAAAUGUCUGGGUCUGGAAACUUGUGAUGCUGGGUGGCGUCUCAUGAUGAGGCUACAGAUGCUGGCUCAGCAUGACAAGUUUCUGAGCUCCUAGGUGUUGCCUAUUCUGCAUGACAAACUGCGCUUCUGCAUCACAGAAAAGCGGAGCUCUUGGGUAACGUGCAUGACAGAUUUAAGAGUCAUGACAGACAAGCAUGACACACAUGGAUUCUUCCAGACCCAGACAUUUUUACAGUUGAUAUGCUGCUCUAGUCGCACGCAGUCCCAGUGAAGAAGUCAUGGCCUUUUUUGACGACGGAAAAUGAUUUACUCGACGAUCAGCCCGCAGCUCUGAAGCGGCGUACUCUGGAGGUUUUGUCUUAUCUGUUCUUGAUCUUGUAUUAGUAUUCUGUUUCUGAUUUCUUUGUACUUUUUUUAUUUGUCUGAUUACAACACAUAUAAAUGCGUCAUCAUGUGUAGCACGAGGACUCACUAACGUCUUCGUUUCUCGAGGUCCGUCGGAUGCUAUAGAAAUUUGUUGCCUCUAACUAAAUGUUCCCCGCCAAUUUUCUCCCAAGUGGUCUCCCUGAGCAGAAUUGAAUUGAUUACUUGCUAGUACUAGCGAAGAUGAUGUUAGCCCCCCAUGGACAGUUGUGCUGUUUCCCCGGCGCACUGCUUAUUUUCCUCAAAUUUUCGAUCGAUCGCGCUAUCUCUCAAAGCUGACGGGGGCUGUCUUGCUGUCGUCUAGCGCGAAUUCGCAUGUUUGUCCUGUGAUACACAAUGUGGUAGAAAUAGAAGUUGCUUGCGAAAAUGUAUCUAUUACUCGUGGAAGCUGCAGUAGCGGUGGCAGGCAGUUUUAUUGUUGACCAAAACAAUCUGCACUUUUGGUUUCUUCGUGCAGAAAUUAAGUAAGUACUUGCCUUCGCAGCUCCACCUGUGGGAAAAAAAGAUACAAGAGUGACAACUGUAAGUAGUGGUCGGUGAGUGGAAUAUUCAUAUUCCAUUACCAACUGCACUACAUGCUCGAGUUGCAGUAGCGUUAAAGAUUCGAAGAGGACGAAAUUUUGCAGAGUAGCCGAACCUAUGCUGUUUCUAGUAACACAAAGUAACAAUAUACGAAUAUUUAUUUUUGCAAGAACUGCGAUGAAAGGAUGCAAUCAAGCCACCACUCGGGUUUGUUGCAAUCAUAGGCACCAGUUACUGCACAAGCGGAUUGAUUCUUGCCAAGAGCACCAUCUAUCUAUGAGACCAACAGUCAUGAUAUUACAGUAGAACGCAUUGGCAGUUUGGUGUCGAGAGCAUGGACAUUAUCACUUUGUUUCGAGAAGGAGGCAUAUUGUCUACUUCCCCUCACACGAGUCAGUAGAGCAGCCGCGUGUCUCCAGGAUGGUCUGCGCCUUUCCGGCGAUCAUCGCUGCGCUCCGAUUACCAAUCUUAGCGCGACAAGAUGAAACCAUACCAGCGGAACUCAUUGGUGCACAUCCGGCACUGCGACAGUAUUCUAGUACAUUGCGUCGACAACAACGUUUAAGAGCACCAGUCCUUAUCAAAAGACGAUCGACGAGCAUGACAAUCUGCAGUGAUAUAAAUCCCCGAUCUCACUACCUGACUAGAGGUGUAAGUAAGUAAUCUAUGCGAACAAGUCGUAUCAAAUAGAUCCCCCAUCAUCUGAUUAGCGGUGCAAUGAAGCAAAGCAGUACUGUAGUUGCUAACCCACCGUGAGACGUUGAUCUAAAACUGCAUUCCCUCGUUGCCAUCUUUUUCUUGCAAUAAACCUUCUAUCAGUGGUCCUACUAGAACAGACUUAAGAACCUGUGAGGAAUUACUACUUAUUCGAAGGAGGUGGCGAUGCUGGGGGUUUUAGCAGACUGCUGGUCAAGUUCUACAGGAAGGCAAAAGACUAAAACCUCUUGAUGUAAAAAUGCUUUUGCACCUGCGCACCCGAAUCUGUGAAAAUCGAAACC